AUGAGGAUAAUAUGGCAGCUCCCUGUGCUUCCGAGCCACCCUCUGAAGACUUCAAGCUCGAGAAGGACAAGAAGACAUUUGGCAGAACCCCCAAUGUAUUUACAGUACCUCAGACCCAUGAUAUGGUUUCUCAAUUACUCGAUCCUCGACAACCCAAGAACCUUUCGGAUUUGA